CCUCAAUUCCCUCUCGCCGGCCUCUUCUCCCUCGGACUACACUACUGCACGCUAUAUCCAACCUUAGAUAUCCCGUCUCCACCAUGUCCAACAUCCCUAGCGAACCCGAGUUCGAGCAGGCCUACAAGGAGCUCGCGGCCACUCUCGAGAACUCGACUCUCUUCGAGAAGAUUCCUGAGUACCGCAAGGCUCUGCAGGUCGUCUCCAUCCCCGAGCGUGUCAUCCAGUUCCGUGUCGUCUGGGAGAACGACAAGGGCGAGGUCGAAGUCAACCGUGGCUAUCGUGUGCAGUUCAAUUCCGCGCUCGGCCCGUACAAGGGUGGUCUCCGCUUCCACCCGUCGGUCAACCUGUCGAUCCUGAAGUUCCUGGGCUUCGAGCAGAUCUUCAAGAAUGCCCUGACUGGAUUGAACAUGGGUGGUGGCAAGGGCGGUUCCGACUUCGACCCUAAGGGCAAGUCGGAUAGCGAAAUCCGCCGCUUCUGCGUUGCCUUCAUGACCGAGCUCUGCAAGCACAUCGGUGCUGAUACCGACGUUCCCGCCGGUGAUAUUGGUGUCACUGGCCGUGAAAUCGGUUUCCUGCUCGGCCAGUACAAGAAGAUCCGGAACCUAUGGGAAGGCGUUCUCACCGGGAAGGGCACCACCUGGGGUGGCAGCUUGAUCCGCCCGGAGGCCACCGGAUACGGUCUCGUUUACUAUGUCAACCAUAUGAUUCAACACGCCAGCAACGGCCAGGAGUCCUUCGCAGGCAAGCGCGUCGCCAUCUCCGGCUCCGGCAACGUAGCCCAGUACGCCGCACUCAAGGCCAUCGAACUCGGCGCGACCGUCGUCUCCCUCUCAGACAGCAAGGGUGCCCUGGUCGUCGACGGCGAAGGCAGCUUCACCCCCGAGGAAAUCGCCCUCAUCGCCAAGAUCAAGGUUGACCGCCAACAGAUCUCCAGCAUCGCCUCCUCCGCCCCCUUCGCAGGCAAGUUCAAGUACAUCCCCGGCGCCCGUCCCUGGGUGCACGUCGGACAAGUCGACGUCGCCCUCCCCUCCGCAACCCAGAACGAAGUUUCCGGCGAGGAAGCCCAGGCUCUCAUCGACGCCGGUGCCAAGUUCAUCGCCGAGGGUUCCAACAUGGGCUGCACCCAGGCCGCUAUCGAUGUCUUCGAGGCCCACCGUCAGGCUAACCCCGGUGCCGCCGCCAUCUGGUACGCACCCGGCAAGGCAGCUAACGCCGGCGGUGUCGCUGUUUCUGGUCUCGAGAUGGCCCAGAACUCGGCCCGGCUCACCUGGACCUCUGAGGAGGUCGACAAUAAGCUCAAGACUAUCAUGCAGUCUAUCUUCCAGGAUGGUCUGAAGACCGCUUUGGAGUUUGCCACCCCGCAGGAGGGUGUGCUUCCUUCUCUCGUGGCUGGUAGCAACAUUGCUGGUUUCACCAAGGUUGCUGCUGCUAUGAAGGAUCAUGGCGAUUGGUGGUGAUUUCUAUAAUCAUCCUUAACGCCACAACAUGAUAUCCGCUUACGACGUACGAUAGAAGCGCUGGUUCGUUUACUACUUUUUUGGUUUAUAUUUCCCAUGCCAUCUCCUUUUUCUUUUGUAUAUAGAAUGAAUAAUGUGA